GAUUUAAUUAAUAAAAUCUUCCUGUGAAACAUUACAAAUUAUUAAGAUAAUUUAAUUAUAAGCGUAACAAUUCGCAGGAUCAGUAAACUCAUCAAAAAUUUAAUUAACGCAAUAUUACUGAUUCGGUUUGAAAGAAGAAUAUUUUUGCAAUUAUCCUCCAGCGGAAUCAUGAACGCUAUCAAAAAACAACUACAAACGCUGAAGUUGGAGAAGGAUCUCGCGAUGGACAAAGCUGAUCUGUGCGAUCAACAGGCGAAGGAAGCAAAUCGGCGGGAAGAGAAGCUUCGGGAUGAGGUUCGCGAACUGGCGAAGAAGCUGGUGCAAAUGGAGCACGAUCUGGAAGUGAGCAAGACGCAGCUGUUAAGAUCGAACAGGAGCCUCGAGAUGAAGGAAAGGAUCUAUAUCGUGACGCAGUCGGAGCUGGCUGUGCUCAAUAGGAAAAUGCAGCAGCGCGUGCAGAAUCUAGAGAAAUCCGAGGAGCGACGUUUGUCGGCUCAAGCAAAGCUCGCGCAGGCCAUGGAGACCGCGGAAGAUGCAAAGCGCAUCUGCAAAGUCCUGGAGAACAGGAGCAAGCAGGACGAAGAACGAAUGGAUCAACUGAUGACACGAUUGAAGGAGGCGAGGCUUAUUGCUGAGGACGCCGAUACGAAAUCCGACGAGAUCUCGAGAAAAUUGGCGUUCGUCGAGGACGAGCUCGAGACGGCGGAGGAAAGGGUUAAAUCGAGCGAGGCGAAAAUUCUCGAGAGGGAAGAUGAAUUAUUCAUCGUCGGCAAUAUAUUAAAAUCUUUAGAGGUGUCUGAGGAGAAAGCUAAUCAAAGGGUGGAGGAGUUUAAAGCACAGUUGAAAGAAUUAAAAAUCAAGUUAAAGUCUGUCGAGAAACGUGCCAUAAUCGCCGAGAAGACCGUCAAGAUAUUCACGAAAGAGAUGGACAAGAGAGAAGAUUACCUGUUGAAAGAGAAGGAAAAAUACAAAUUUAUCUGUGACGAUCUGGAUUCCACGUUCUCUGAGCUAACGGGAUACUAAAACAAUUUUUGCAUAAAGGAAUCCGUUAUUUCUCUUCGAGAGAUUUUCACGAAUAUAAAUAUAAUCAUAAAAUUCUCAUGUGCACGUUUAAUAAACAUCAUCUCAUGAGGUUCGUUCAAUAAAUACACCCUUCGUACUUUACACGAUAUCAAUUUAUUUAAUCGAUUCUACGAUCAACACAAUGCAUCGAAACGCCGUACCACAGAUUUAAUACAGUUUAAAUUUAAAUCGCACAUUUUUUUUAAUCGUACAACCUCCGAUCGCAGAACGGAGAAAGAAUUUCAUCGAGAGCCCUUGCGACGACUCCUGUGCAAUCUCGCACUACACUCCUGCCCCUUUUUACAAUGACGUUAAUCGUAGUCACAAGUAACAAUUGUCCGUUUGAUUUGUUCACCUGCCUCCAUCCAUAUCGAUGCAACAAUUAAAGUGCAUUCUCCGAGCUGCACGGAUUAUCGCUGAGAGUGAUGUGGGUUGCACUGAGUUGUGUCACCGCAUCAUCCUUCGAGGACCGUGUAACUGUUUCGUCGCGUCCAACAAAAAAACCGACCGAAACCACCCUGUCGCGAGACCUUGCUGAGCGUCCCAGAGCGUCGAGUGCAAUCAGAUAAAUAGAAAGACCGUCUAAUCGAGAUUUGGCUCGUGUAAAAAAAUUCGUCGCAGUGUAAAAAAUUCGUUGAUCAGUUGAUGUCCGAGAUCGUUGGUCGUUUGUUUCCAUGUUGUCGAGGCUGUCGUAUCCUCGCGUGAUCCUUGCGCGAUUACGGUAACGAAGAGAACUGGUCCCGGGAGGGUUGCGACGAGGGAUCGAUUGACAGAACUCGGUCCGGUUCCAUGACGCAAGAAAAAUGUACAAAAAUCGUGUCGACGAGAGAGUGUCCGGCAACCGCGCCACGACGAAUCGCGCUUCGUCCACUCCGAAGGUCGUCCCAUCAUCGAAUUAAUCGAACACUACGAGUUUGAUUGACGUGCUUCCCUUAUAUACAUUAACGUAACGUAACGUAGCGUCGUACAUGCGGUAUGCACGCGCCUUGAUGCCCGUGUACUCAAAUAUAUGUAUUUAUAUACGUAUAACUAUGUAUAUAUAUUAUGUAUAUGUGGCCUCGUCUUCGUAGUGUCGCGCACGCAGCUUUCAUCAAACUCAUUGGCAUUGGUUACUUCACACGAAAUCUCGAAGAAAAAUCGCUCGCGGUAUUUCGCGGCGCGAUCAGAAUUCUCGUUAACUUCUCUCAGUUCCCGUGAGAUCAAAGUUACCCUCGAUGUGUAUAUAAUACACAUGUAUGUGUGUGUGUCUGCGGUAAAUCCGGAGCGAUCCCCUUAAAGCGCUCGAAUUAAUUGAGAAGUAGAAGAGUGUAUAUACGCCAUCACAGGUAUUCGAAUAUAAAACACCGUAUACUUAAUUAUUUAGAGCGACGCUUGUCGGCAGUGGGGUCGAGAAAGAGGGAGGGCUGGAAAUCGAGUGGCAGGAACGUUACUUUGACCAGAUAAAAGUUACAAAACGCUCCUUUUUUCCGUUGGUCUCGCAGCGUGUAAAGCGAUCUCAAAGCGGUACUUUACACGUAAAAGUAGUCUGGUAAAGUAGUCUGCGUAAUGGCAGUGUCGUGUGGAAGUAUCGGAAGCACUCUCGGCGCGUGGUAGCACGUGCGCGCGUUUAAUUAACACUAAUGGCAAUUUCAUUAGUACUUUCGAGUUUCAGUCUGAUAGAGAGGAAGCGCUUCAAUUGGCGCUCGACCUGUGUCGCAUGACAGUGGGAUUGGCCGCGUCGUGGUCGUCGAAGUGUCGAGGUGCGCGACAUUACAAGAGCGAGAGAGAAGGAGAGAAUUCAUGUUGAGAGAAUGAGAGGAGAGACGACUAUUCGCGGCUCUCUUUUUUUUCAAGCGCUUCUACCGAAAUCCACGAUCGAAAUUCACGUGCGAUCUCGCCGUGAUCUCGGCGCUUCAAUUGGCGCUCGAUUCCCUCGCGAUCGUAUCGCGCUCCGCGCACGAAAAACAUUCUACAUAGAAGUCUUAGAAUUAAUAACGGACUUAAAGUAAUCAACGGUGCUAUUCGUACGCAUAUAUAAACUUUACAACAGAGCCCAACCGUCGACGAUCCGUCUUGGAGACUUGGGAGAGUCGCGGUGUCUUCUCCGAUCCGCUUUCGUAUAUUUCAUUAUGAUUCUAAUAUUUGCGCGCCGAAUACAGACGGGCAUCAUCCUCGGGGUGGCGAGAGCUUCGGGCUGCUUUCUUACGCAUUCACACGGAAGAGAAAAACGGAAACACUUUUCGUAAUGUGCAAGCUGG